AUGCCUGCGCUGUAUCAGCCAACGACGGAACCAGGACAGAAUCGUCACCCGCACCCCGAGGCGGCAUCAUACGCCGCGUCCGGCUACGGAAACCGCACGGGCUGGGGUUCACGGCCCGCCCUCCUCCUUGUCGACAUCUGCAAGGCCUACUCGACUCCCAGUUCGCCCCUCGACCUCUCAGGGAACCCCUCUGCCACUUUCGUCCCGGAGAGCGCAGCAAGGCUCGUAGCGGCAGCCCGAGAGGGUGGCGUGCCCGUCAUAUGGACGGCAGUCGAAUAUAAGGAUCCCGACAUGGCCGAUGCGGGCCCAUUUUGGCUCAAGGCCAAGACCCUAGCCGUGUGGCAAGUCGGAGGUGACCUCCACGCGCAGGGCCUGGCGGAUUGGACGAAUGUGGAAUUUUAG